CCAGAUUUGAAAGAAGAAUAUUUGUAAACAACUAGUCUACUGGUGUAGUUCUUCACGUGUGUAUCUUGAAGUUGUCUUCCAUUGUAUAUUGAGCCCAAGAAGGGGCAUCGCUCACAGUUUUUGUUUUGUUGUAUAAUUUCAGGAGAUAGAAAAGAUGUCUUUGAGUCACCAGUUCCCAACGCUCACGGUGGACCAGAUAGUGUCAGUGUGUCGAGAAAUGGAGAUCCCAAUAUCAGAAAAUGACAUGAGAAAACCUGAUGUUCAUCGCUGGAAUUCCUUAUAUGGCAUGGUUCUAGAAUCUCUUGCUGGAGUCACGGCAGACCAAGUGAGACAGCAACACAUCCACAGCUCCCAGCUGUGUGACUAUCCUGAGAUACAUGAAGAGUCAAUGUCCUUGAUGGCCUUCACCUUGGCUAUUCAGAGGGUGAUGUACGCAUGUGCCUUCACAGAUUUCAGUGUUAAGGAUGUCAUUGACCCAAGACCCAAGCGUCUCAUCAAGAUUAUGAGUGCAGCAAUAAACUUCUACCGCUUUCGGCAGUCAAGAAUUGAGAUGUUUGAUGCACUCAAAGCUAAGAAUGAACGAUACAGAGAACAGCGAGAAUAUUUGUUAAAGUCUAACGAUGAGCUGAAGCAGAAGAUCAGCAAGCUGAAGGCCAUCCGUGCAGAGCAGGAUCCUGAGAUCAAGAAGGUGAUGGAGGAGAUUGAGGUGAUGGGGAGACAGGUGAGUGAGAACCACAAGAUCCAAGCAGCCACACAGAAGACUGUUGCGGAGGUCAAGAAAAACAUUGCAGAGAAGAAAGCAGCUCAGGAUCAGCUGAAGCUAGCCAUCCUCACCAGCCAGCAGGAAGGGGAGAAGCUGUCGCAGAAGAUAGUUCAGUCCCCAGAACGUGUGAAACAAGAACAGGAGCGGAUGGAACAGAAGCUGGCUGGCCUGAAGAUGACACUGGAUGAGAAGCGUACACGCGGGGCCACGCUGAGGUCGGAACACAAGAAGGUGAAGGAGCUGGAGGCUUGUGCACUGAAAGCUCUCAAGUUGCUGCAGUCCAUCAAGCAGGACGUGGACAAGGAGAACGAGGUUGCGGAGCAGAUCUCUGCGAGUCGGGAUCAGUACCAGGAGCAGCAUCAGGCUCUGGGGGAGGUGACAGCUAAGCAGGACCAGCUGAAGCACGCCCAGGCCAUCAGGCAGGAGAAGAGGACCAAACAGCACAUGCAGCAGCAGGCGAAGAUGAAGGCAUACACCGAGCAGCUCAACCAGCUCAACGAACUGGUGAAGUCCCACUCAGAGGACCAGGACGAUGAGCUGAAGCGUCUCCAGCAGAGUAAACAUCAGGUUCUGUGUGAGCUGAAGGAGCAGGAGAAGGCCACCAGCAGCCGGGUGGAGAACAUUCACAAACUGUACUCACAGAUUGUAGACUUGGUUGAUGUGAUGCAUGCUGACCUGGGCUGCAACUGGGACUCGUUCAGACAACUCCUGAAAGCUGAAUUAGACAAACUAUUCUGAUUGGCGACCGAGCUUCAUCAACCCAUCUUCAGAAAACUGUACAUAUAAUACACACUUUCACCAGCCUGACUGGCACAUCCAUCUGUUCCUAUUCUCCCUAUCAUCUCUAUGUCACAUUCUUAUCUAUAUUGCUGUGUGCUACCAGACUCUAGGACUUGCUCACAUCAUAUCAUGUAACUAUGUCACUGUGGGCUACCAGACUAUAGUGAUUGCUCACAUUUCCUGUGUCACAUAAACUGAUACCACAGGAGAUAAUGCAACAAAUAAAGCCAUGUCUAAAGAAAUCA